CUUCUCUCCUUACAUAGCCUAUUUGCUCGGCACUCGAUACUACACCAACCGUGCCUUGCUUGUCGAUUCUCCUGCCGAUCACGCCGACUCUAAUUCCACGUACAGCGGGCCUCGUUUCAGGAAAAAGCGUCCUGCCAGUCACUCCCUUUCCCCGACGUUGAUCCAACUGGCCACCCUUACCUGACCCAUCCCACAUUGUGAGAAGACCCGGCCGUUCAGGUACUUCGGCUCCCAGCACUCGGCAGGCUAUAUUUCUUGGCCUACGAAGCUUCGCUUGACAUUUUGUCCCGAACCUCGUCCUACCAGCGCAACGCAUCCUGUCUCUCCCCCGCCACGGGACCGAAGAGAGCCACGCCAGCGUCGAUACCCGUCUUGCUGUGCGACACACCCAGCAAGCGGCGAAUACUUGUUUGACAUCUCGACCUCGCUUGCCCAGCUUGUGUCAUCCCAUGUCCUCCCUCUCGACCUAGAAUCUCGACAAACCCGCCGAACAUUGCGUCCCGACCGAGCAUUACAAUCGUGCCAUCAAGGUAGAUGGGGGCUUCUAAACGCUUCUCCAUCUCCUCUUCGCCAUAAUGAUACCACGACCAACAUUUUUGUUGCGGUACAUCCUACCCGCCAUCGCCAUUAUACUAUGUCUCUUCUACCUUAGCAGUACCGACAACGUACUGCCUAGUGUUGACGUCGCCGCCCCCCCAAGGCAAGGCACAAUAACCGGAGAGAAGCCCGUGGGAGUACCCCAAGGGAAUGGCAAUACUGAAGAGCUCAUCAUCGAUCACACAUCACCGCCCCCCGCUGAUAAGCCUCCCUCCAACGAGCCUCCCGUUCAUAACACUCCUGCCAACAACUCUCCUGCCGACGCGACCCCCACCACCACCACCACCACCCCGCCUGCCACCUCCAACACCGCACCUGCAUCUUCUGACGAGGGUUCUUUGGAAUGGAAGCCUGCCGACUUCGCUACCGGUGACCACCCCAUCGACGCUCGCGUCCGAGCUGCCGAGAAGGAGUUCAGUGACAGACUAGCAAAGCAGACACACACGCUCGCUGACGCUGCUGCCGCUUACCGUGAACGUCGCGGCCGCCACCCCCCACCCGGCUUCGACAAAUGGUACGAAUUCGCCAAGGAAAAAGAUGCUAUUAUUGUCGAAGACUUUUGGGAUCAGAUCUACCACGAUUUGGAGCCUUUCUGGGCACUCAAGCCAGCCCGUAUCCGUCAUGAUGCCUAUGACUUUGAGAUGCGCAUUUCCGUCCGUGACGGUCAGGCCUCGAGUGGGAGCGACUGGUUCUGGACAAAGAUUUGGCUGGAUUUGAUCAAAACCAUCCAACACUUGGUUCCUGAUCUGGACAUUGCCCUCAAUGCCAUGGAUGAACCCCGCAUGGUGGUGCCCUGGGAAAAGAUUGAUGAGUUCAUGACAGCGGCGCACAAGACAAGGACCAUGAAAGAUGCCGCGAUUGUGGUCGAGAAGUACCCAAAGUUGCCCAAUCUUGAGAUAAACCCUGCUGAGGACGAAGUUACGCCCAAGAAGGUUUGGGAAGACAAAACCGGUAUUUAUUGGACCAUCGCUCGUCGCGGCUGCCCCCCCGACAGUUUAGCCCGUACCUCCAGUCUCAUGACCGAUUUUGACCGCCGCCCGACCAUCAACAACAACUUUGCCAUUCCGCAUACCGAGAAGGGAUAUGUCUCGAACUACACGUUGAGCACCCUAGUCUGUCACCAGCCUGAUCUUCAGGGACUCAAUGGUAUCUUUGUCGAGCCUCUUUCUAUUUCUGCUACCGAUACGCUGUUCCCCAUGUUCGGCGGCUCCAAGCUGGCCGUCAAUAAUGAGAUUCUCCUCCCUGCACCCAUGUACUGGAAUGAAGAGGAGCGUUUCAUGGGCGAAGAGGGUGCUGACGUGCCCUGGGCUGAGAAGAAGGAUGCCGUAGUCUGGCGUGGUGUCGCCACGGGAGGAAAGAACCGCGAGAACAACUGGCGCGCCUUCCAGCGCCACCGCUUCGUGGCCAUGAACAACGCCACUAAGCUCGAGCGCGCAGUCUCAUGGACUGAGCUCCCAGAGAACUUCGACUUGCCCCCGUCCGAAUAUGGCCUCAAGGCCCAACAGGAUGGCAAGCUGGGCGAUUGGGUCAAGGGAUGGUCUAACGUUAGUUUCGUUGACCUCUUCUGCACCCCCGCGCCUGAAAAGGGCCUCGGAUGCAACUACACCGACCCGCACUACACUGUCACGCCGGGCAUGAAGAUGGCGGCCCAGUUUUACUACAAGUACCUUCCCGACAUUGACGGCAACUCCUUCUCGGGCAGAUACCUUGGCUUCCUGAGGUCAACAUCUCUACCCAUCAAGGCCACUGUCUGGAGGGAGUGGCACGACAGUCGUUUGACUGCCUGGAAGCACUUUGUCCCCAUGGAUAACCGGUAUAGCGACUGGUUUGGCAUCAUGGAGUAUUUUGUUGGUUAUGGUGACAAGGUCAAGGGCCAUGACCAGGUUGCCGAGGCCAUUGCUAUGGCUGGAAAGGAGUGGGCCGACAAGGCGCUCCGGAAGGAGGACAUGCAAGUUUAUGUCCUUAGAUUGCUGCUCGAGUACGCCCGUUUAUCAGCCGAUGAUAGAGAAAUCAUGGGUUGGGUUGGUGACCUGAUGGGUAGCAGCGGCGCCAAGACUGCUGGUGCCGCCAGUUCGAAGCAACAAUAGGAGGCAGCUGAGGUUGAUAUGGAUGCUCGAGUUGGAAUUUAAGUGUAGCUGUUACUUCCUCUUAUCAGCCUUUCUUUUGGAAUAUGCCUCCUACAGCCCAGAUACUUGGGCCCUUUUGCGGAAGAGAGAUGGAGCGCCUCUGUAUACUAUAAUGAGUCAUGUGGUCGUCAUGUUGAAGUUCACUUCCCAAGGUAGUUAGAUUUGUUCGUGGGCAAAAAAAAUGUUUUAGUAGGUUAAUCAAGCAGAUCAGGGUCUUCGGU